GGUGGCCACACGCACCGAACAGCUGUACCGGAACACAGGUAGUCCAGGUCGCCGACGUGAUGGGGUGUAGCGGAAGCACAGCCGCCACCGUGGCCACUCGGACAACACACAUCAACAACUACAAUGGCUACAAUGACCACGCGGCUUCGAGUCACAUGACCAAGGAUCAACAACAGAAUGGAAUGCGACAACACUCUCACAACCUUCAACAGACGGUUUACCAAGAUACCCAAACAACCAACCCUCAACAGAUUGUACCCCCAGACACGCAAACCCACAGCGUCCACAAUCAAAAUGUACUUCACAGCGGUCAACACCAGAUUCAACCAGUGCCGUAUGGAGCUGCUCGUGAGCAGACGACAGUCAGAGACGACGAGGAGAAAGAGCUGGAAAAGUUCCGUAGACUUCAGCCGUAUUCACGCAGACUGAUCAGCCAUCACAAUAGAGAUAUAGGCUGGAUGGAAUGGGCGGUGUUUGGAAAGAGGGUCUACGAUUGCAGCAGGGUCAGGAACAAUACCACCUUCCUCAAUAUGAUUAUUCAAAGGAAGAUGGAGCACUACCCUUCUCUAUACCUGGACUUUUGGGACAAGGACAUGUGGAGGAAAAAUGCUCCUCUGCUGAUGCAGAGUGUUGGAUUCGGUAAGGUGGAAAUACAUCAUGCAUUGGCACCCUAUGUGCUAGGGAGGGUUGAAGAGGUACAGCUGUCGGAGUAUUGGUGUGACGUCAGGAAAGAUAUUGUGGGCCUCGAUCAGGGGUUGAGUGAAGCAGAGGACAUAUCUCCUUACGAGCAAGAGUUACUGGAACAGGCGAAGAGAUGGUUGGCGUCGUACAGAGAUAUUGACCCAAAGGAGCAGUGGCAACGGCUUGAUGACCCCAAUGGACUUCCGUUUCCGUUACCUGAAGACGUUGCGCGGAAACCCGAUGUUUUAAGGAUGUGGAUUAUAGAGUGGGAGCAGUUUGAUACUGCAGACGCAGAACUCCUUCUCGGAGAACUGACGGAACUGUCGGAUAAAACCAAUGACUUGGAGGCUCAUGGGGUGUUUGCUCAAACGUUACGGCCAUUUGACGUGACGGAAGAUUUGAAGUUUGACGAUCCCGAAUGGGAGAUGUUGCCUGUCGGCGUCAUUGCUAAUGACGUCACAAUCCCACAUCAAGAUGAAAUAAAUAGACAAAGAGAUAAAAGAACUGAUUUACAAGACACUAAGCGAAUGAGUGGCAGACAAAAACAGUUGGCGCAGUAUUUCAUCGAUAAAUAUGAGUGGCAGCCUGAAAAGCUCACGUCAUAUUUGCAGUGGGCAGAUGUGAUGAAAGAUGGUGACUUGAGAUUUGCCGCAUUGUGCGAGCAGUCUUGAUGACUUCAUUGUUAUAAACCGUGAUAAACACGAAGUCUUAUCUGGAGCAGAGAUAUUUACCUAUAAUAUAUUGUAUAUAGACACAUUGUUUAUUGUGAAACUCGGUACAUCCGAAUGGCACAAUUAAGAGAUAAACAUUUUGGUGGUGUCAUUGAGUAUUCGGAAACAUCAUUAGGAACCGACGGCGUUUGCCGGAGGUUUCAAAUACUAACCUUUCCAGGAAAAAAGAUAUCAGUAAUUUUCCGCAACCCUCUCUCCCAAUGUGAACUCUAAACUUUGUGAGAGUUUGGUUUAACGCCGCUUUUAACAGUAGGAGGAAAGUCUAAAGUGAUUCUGACGUUUACCACCCACACACGAUCAAAACUGUCAGAGAGAAGGGACAUAACUCUGGAAUGCUAUGAUGACAUGCUGGAAUACCUUUGCUUCAUGAUGCAAUGAACGAUGCCAAAUGCUUCCAACUGAAUAAAUUUUGAUAAAGUA